UUUCGGAACAUCCCCCGACCCCCCUAGCUCUUCGUCCCCCAUGCCCCGGUCUCGCGCGUUUUUAUAAUUCUUUGCGUGGUCAGCAAAUCCUUUCGGAAGUUUAAUGUUUAUCAGUGACAAAAAUAUUUGAUAACGCUGCAAAUUGACCAAAAUAUUAAAUAAGCGGCAACAAUAAUUUGUUUGUUUCCUGCUGAAGUAACGAACUUAACAAAAAACUUUACUUCCACCAUAUGUUCUAUUGUUCUUGUUCUACCCACCAAGUCAGUGAUUCAGGCCAAAAUGAGCUUCGGAAACCCUAUGCUUUAUAACGAGAUACUGCUGAGAAAAGGUCUUUUGGGUGAUAUUUACAAAGCAGUGAACAAUUUAGACGGAUCAGCUGUAUUAGAAGCUUAUAAAGUACUGAGUAUAACUAAGGGAUUUCCUCGCAUGCACUCCCAUAUUAAAAGUAACGACAAAUCCUGCGUAUUUCGAAGUCAUGGGAAUGAUUAUUACCAGGAGGAAAACUACCAGAUGGCAUUGGAAAUGUAUAAUAAGGCUCUACUCUUUGCUCCAAAAGGUUCCAUAGAAAUGCUGCAUGCUUAUGGUAAUAGAUCAGCACUACUUUUCCAUUUAAAUGCAUAUUCUGCUUGCCUCAAAGACAUUGAGACUUGUCGCAAACUUGGGUGCACUGGGGACCUAGCAAAGAAACUAAAUAAGAGAUAUGAACAAUGCAUGGAAUCAAUGUGGAAAGAAAAUCUUAAGGACAAUAUAUUGCUGUGCAGUUGGGCUCAAGAGUAUUUCAAGUUUGAUGUUAAGAAACAUCCUGAUAUAUCUUGCCUAUGUGCCGAUGUGGAUAUAGUUUCUGAAGACGGAGAACAAAAGAUAGUUGCUACUAAGGAUUUAAAGAUUGGUACAGUGGUAGCUAUAGAUACUGCAUUUGUAACUCAUUCUCUCCCGGAUAAAUGUCUCGUCUCUUGCCAUUAUUGCCAAAAGACGACUUUCAAUUUGAUGCCUUGUGACAACUGCUGUGUCGCACUCUUCUGCAGCUUGCAAUGCAAGGAGCGCUGUCUGAAUGAGUACCACAACAUAGAAUGUCAGAUCAUGGACAUUCUACUCACAAUUGACGCUGGCCACAAAUUCCGUUUGGCAAUCAAGACUUUCCUGAAGCUAAAGUCACUCUGCAAGGACUGGACUACACUGAUUAAGGAAGCAAAUAACAUUGGGACCAGCAGAUUAAAUGAGAGUUCAUUGAGUGAAAUAUACAAUAUUGAAAACUAUUCUUCAAUAUUAUGCUUCAAGGAAGAUAGGCGUUUUGUCUUUGGUACACUGUAUAAUAGUGCCUUCAUUUAUGCCUCAGUGUUGCAUAGAUUGGAAAAAGUCCUCGGUUUCUUUCCUCAAUCAAAAUCUGAAGGUCUCGAAGCAAAGAAAUGCUUCGGAAAGCUCUGCCUCACUCUGCAGUUAAAUUGCCCGGCUACAGAACUUGUGACAUCUGCCGAGGAGCUGACUGUUGGUCAGAUAGUGACGGACAUGCCGGCUCACUUCGGCUGGUUCCCGUUUGCCGGGAAACUGAAGCACUGCUGCGAAGCGAACCUGCUGGCGCUGGGGCUUGAUGACCGCCUCGCACUGAUAGCUGUUAGACCUAUAAAGAAGGCAUCCGAGUUAACAGUUUCUUAUGUUGGGCACUGGUACGAGAACCUAUACGAAGACCAGCGCCGACUGAAACUGUACCAGAACAUACUGAACGUGUGCACCUGCCGCGUGUGUGCCCAGGGCUGGGACAUACACAGCUUCCGGCGGCGCGAUCUAGACGCCAAGCUGAAAAAGGCGUACUCCUCCUGGGACAACAUGCGCAAGAACCACGUAAUGCCCCAGCGGGACCCCUCCUACUUCCGCGAGACUUGCAGGACGCUGUCGUUGUUCGACGACCUACCCAACACCAAGGAGCACUACGCGGUGUUCAGGGAGCUCCGCACGCAGCUCAGCCUGGCGCAGUUCGCUGCCACUAAUAAUAUUAUGAUUAAUCGCUAAAGAAAAUUGGAGCCCGAAUAAGA